AUGUCCAACCAAGACUACUACAACAACAGAGGCCAGCAGCCGUACUACCCACCUCAGGGACCUCCGCCUGGCCAAGGCUACUACCCCCAGCAACCACAACAAGCAUAUCAAGGUGGGUAUGGCCAGCCCCAAUACGGUGGGCAACAGCAGCCUUACGGCCAACAAUACGGCGGCCAACCAUACCAACCCCAGCCACCGCCCCAAACGGGCUACGUGUAA